AUGGGCGAGUGGGGAUUCCUCAGCUCGCUGCUGGACGCCGUGCAGGAGCACUCGCCCAUGGUGGGCAGGUUCUGGCUGGUGGUGAUGCUGCUCUUCCGCAUCCUGGUCCUGGCCACGGUGGGCAGCGACGUCUUCGAGGACGAGCAGGAGGAGUUCGUCUGCAACACGCAGCAGCCAGGCUGCAAACCUGUCUGCUACGACGCCGCCUUCCCCAUCUCCCACUACCGCUUCCUCGUCUUCCACAUCGUCGUCCUCUCGGCUCCCGCCGCCCUCUUCGUCAUCUUCGCCGUGCACCAGGCGGCCAAACCGGGGCGCGGGGGUGCCCCCGGGCAGCGUGCCCGCCGCCUGCAGCCCUUCUACGUGGGCAGCGUGGUGGCUCGCAUCGCGGCCGAGCUGGGCUUCCUGCUGGGCCAGGCGCUGCUCUACGGCUUCAGGGUGCAGCCUCUCUUCGUCUGCCGCCGCCGGCCUUGCCCGCACCGCGUCGACUGCUUCGUGUCCCGCCCCACGGAGAAAACCAUCUUCAUCCACUUCUACUUCGUGGUGGGGCUGGUCUCGGCGCUGCUCAGCCUGGCGGAACUCGCCCACCUGCUGCGCAAGGGCCCCCGGCCCCGGGCCGGCUGCUGCCACCGGCCGCAGGAGCGGGCGCCGGCCCCCGGGCAGCCGUCGGGGCCCGUGGAGGAGCCGCUGUGCCACGCCGGUGCCUCCCCGCCGCGUGGGGACCUCACCGUGUAG